AUGGCGUCCUCGCGAGCGAUGCGGCGCGCGCAGGGCGACGCGCUCGCGGCCGCGGCGCACGUCGCGUUCGGAGGCGGCGGCGAGUCCGAGGAAUCGAGCGAGGACGACGACGACGACCUGCCGGCGCGCGCGCCGCGCAACGCGUUCGCGCUCCUCGGCGGCGGCGACGACGACGAGGAGGAGGUGGAAGACGCCGAAGAAGACGAAGAAGACGCGGAGGCAGAGGAGGCGCCGAAGCCCGCGGAACCAUCGCCGCCGCCGUCUUCGAAGAAAAAGAAAAAGAAGAAAACCAAGAAGAAGAAAGACGAAGACGAAGACGAAGACGGAGACGGAGACGGCGUCGACGAAGUCACCGCCGCGCUCAGAGAGCUCGGGGAGGAGAUGCCGACGGCGACGCGAGACGCCGCCGCCGCCGCCGCCGCCGGAGACUUCGUCGAAGACCCGCUGAUGUCCGUCGACGUUCGAAGGCUCAAGGCGGAGGAUGAGCUGAAGAGCAUCUUCGGCGCGAGGGUGAUGCGCGCGGUCGAGGUCGAGGGCGGCGGCGGCGGCGGCGGCGGAGGAGGAGGAGGAGGCGGGGGCAGGAGGGGGCGGCAGCCGCGAGGAAGAGGCGCCGCCGCCGCGCCCUUCUCCUCGCGCGCGAAGUCCACGCUCGUGACCCCGAGACCCACGUGGCCGCCGUUCCACCGCGCGUCCGGGCUCGCCAUGGAGAGCGUCGGGUACGACAAACGCGACGGCGCGCAGAGGUUCGAGUACGUCCGCGACGACGACGCGAUCGCCGCGGCGGCGGCGUAUCGCCGCGCGGCGGCGACGCACGAUCCGAAUCAACUGAUCGCUCUUCUGCAUCGCUACCCGUGGCACGUCGACGCGCUGCUCGCGCUGUCGGACGUGUACGCGUACGCGGGUCAGGGCGCGGAGAGCGCGGAGACGCUCGAGAAGUGCCUGUUCGCGCUGGAAGGGGGCUGGCAUCCGCAUUUCGCCGCGGCGGCGGCGGCGGGGCGCGCGCGGAUGUCGGGCGCGGCGGAUCUCGAAUACGAGGACGAGGACGAGCCGACGCCGAACCCCAACGCGCCGUUCUUCGCGGCGCUGUUUAAGCACGCGCAGGGGCUGACGCGCAGGGGGUGUCAUCGCGCGGCGUUGGAGUGCUCGAAGCUCGCGCUGCGUCUGGACGAGAGCGACCCGCGGGGUUUCUUGUGUUGCGUCGAUUACUUCGCGCUUCGAUGCGGCGAAGAGGACUGGCUUUUGGACUUCGCGAACGAGUUCAAGCCGAACGCGUCGCUGUGCACGCUCCCCGGGGUGGCGUUCUCGGUCGCGCUCGCGAGGCUCGGGGGCGGGAUCCCGGGGCGCCGCGCGGAGAAGGCCCGCGGCAGCGGCGGCGGCGCGAAAGGAGGCGGCGGCGGCGGCGGCGGAAAAGGAGGCAGAGGUGCGAGCAAGCUGGCGGAGGCGGAGCGUCGCGACGCCGACGACGCGCUGCUGCGCGCGCUGCUGCUUCACCCCGCCGCGCUUCCCGCGCUGACGGACCGCAUCGACGCGUCCGCGACGACCUCGGACGCGCGGUGGGUGAAGGCGCUGACGCAUCCGUUCUUUUUGGACGCGCGAACGGAGGUUCGGAGCCGGUCGUUGGAGCACCUGUACGACUUGUUCGCGGAGCGGCAUCAUCUGCUUUGGAAGCCGGACGAGGCGUUGAGGUGGCUGUUAUCCGGCGCGCUGCGAGCGAUCGACGCGGCGGAUGAUAUGAAACGGCCGAUCAUCGACGGUUUAUGCCCUCUCGAUUUCGCGUCGCUGCGAGACGAGACGUUCCCGGCGUCGGACGCGAACGCCUUUUCGCAUCUCUCCGCGGAUGACUUUUCCGACGCGGUGAAGCGUCAGAUGCCGGAGGGAGACGAGAACCCUUUCAUGAUGCCUCGACCCGGCGUGGGACCCGGCCCCGGCGGCGUUCCCAUGGAACCAAACGAUGUGCGUGGCAUCUUAGACGGCAUCCAACUCGAUGACGUGGAGCGGGCGGUCGCCGCCGCGGGCGGACGCGCGGCGUUCGUGGAACGGCUCGGCGGCGAGGACGCGCUCGGAGAGUAUUUCCGAGCUCGCGAAGCCGCGAACCGAGGCGACGACGGACCGGACCCGUUCGGACGCGUCGUGGACUUUUUCCGGACGAUGCUGAACCCGACGGCGGUCGGUAACGAGGGCGGGAGGCUCGAGGCGCAGAUGCGCGGCGAGAACGCCGCGGACGAGGCGGCGGAGGCGAACGACGCGCGGCGCGACCCCGACGCGGAAGACGCGUAGCUCGAAGAGGAGAGAAGACGGGACAGAACCGCGGGGACGAACGAUCUCUCUCGCGUUCGAUGAAACGAAAUAUCCUAGCACGCC